AUGAUGGCAAAGAACAUGAUCUUUGUUAUGACCCACCCACGGGCAACAAGCACUGCUUUUGAAAGAUGCUUUCUCUCCCGUGACGAGCUCCAUUGCAUCCACGAACCCUUUGGGGAUCCAUACUAUUUUGGGCCUGAGCGUAUGAGCAAUCGUUUCUCAGCGAAGGAGCUUGAGGGAAACCAAUUCGAGAACACUACCUUUGCUGAUGUCCUUGAGACCCUAGACGAAGAGGAAUCCAAUGGCAAGCGAAUCAUGAUGAAGGACAUGGCUCAGUACUUCAUCCCUCCUCUGGAUGGAGCUGUUGAGGGUCUCACCAACCCUCCAGGAGUGGCUAAGAGCAUCCUGUCCAGUGAGAAGUGCAAGGAGAUGGUUGAGGGUCUCGAGGAGGUUCCGGAAGCACUAGCCCAGGUAAACCCCACCAACCUCCCAGCUAACGUUCUCUCCAACCUUGACUAUGUCUUUCUGAUCAGGCCCCCUCAUUUGUCGGUGCCCUCGUACUAUCGAUGUUGCAUCCCACCUCGAGUGGAAGAAACUGGCUGGACUCACUACAGAUCCUCGGAAGCAGGCUACAGAGAAUUGCGACUCAUGUACGACUAUGUUUGCAAGCUCCGAAAAGAGAGAGGCUUGCCCGCUCCUAUUGUUGUCGACUCGACUGACCUCAUCGGCAACCCUGAAGUGACUUUGCAGAAGGUCUGCAAAGCUCUUGACCUUGAGUGGGAUCCUCAAAUGCUGGUUUGGGGCGAGAACCGUGAAAAGGAUGUUAAGCUGUUCGAGAAAUGGAAGGGCUUCCACGAUGAUGCCCUGGGAUCGUCCGGAUUCCGCCCCAACCCCAAGCUGAUCCAAAAGGGUGAAUAUGAGACUGACUUCCCUGCUUGGGAGAAGAGUUGGACUGAAAAGUUCGGACCUGAAGGCUGCAAGAUCAUCUCUGAUUCCGUCAAGGAGCAUAUUGAUGACUACAACUAUCUGAGACAGUUUAAGUCUGGUGUAUAG